CACACUUUUUCCCCUAUUCCUAAAUGAAACCUUAGCCGCUACUUUUCUUUUUCCUUCAGCAAACCUACACAAAAUACAACACCACACAACUCCUUCAGAAAAGAAAAUGAAACAAAAAGGGAAGGAGGAGAGGGAUCCACGGAGAGAAAAGAGAAGAGGGGAAGGAGGAGCAUCGCCGCCGCACCACCACGCCUCGCCGUCGAGCUCAUCCCGCCACCGCCCAGCUGCGCCCAGCCCACCGCUAGUCACUGCUGUCGUCGCCAACAAUGGAGGAGAGAGAAAGAGGCGAACGCGAGGAGAGAGGGAAGGAGCUCGCGAAGGAGCUGUCGCCGUCGAAGCUGGGUUUGUCGUCGUCUUCGCGGGUUCUGGUCGUCAUCGUCGUCUCUGCCGUGAAGCCCGUCGCCGCCGUCCUUCUCGCCAUGAAGCCAGCGCCGCCAUCGUCAUCAUCAUGGAUUGCUGCUGCACGUGACGCCGCCGUCGCCGCCUCGGAGUCCAUCGCCGUCAAGCAGAACGACGGGCAGAGAGAGGAUCCCCAGGUGAGAGAGAGAGAAACCAGGGAGGACCGCGACCUGUCUAGCCGCCGUGCCCAGUCGCCGCUCGCGUUGCCGGCGCCGUCUCCGUCUGAACUGUCACCAGAUCCGCCGCUGCUGAAGCUUCUGGCCGCGCCUCUGCAUCGCCGGAGCUCCACGCCGCCGCCACUGCCACCAAAAACCACCACUGAGGCCUAAGUCUGUUUGGGAUCGAGUUACGGGUCUUGAUUGCUGAGUUCUAUGGCUGCUGCAUACAGCAUCAAGGUGCUGCGUCAUCAUCGGGGCUGUUGUUGCUCCGUUUUCUCGAUCAUUCGUGAGCCCAGAUUGAGCUAAGGCUGUGUUUAGAGGCUGUGGCUGCUGCUGGAACGGUCGGUAUUGAUGCUGUUGUUGUGGAAUAAGAAUAGAAAUGCAGUUUGUCGCGUAGUUGAAUCGCGA